GCAUCUCGGCGUCUGUUUUGUUUUGUACGAGCGCGAGCGGCAGGCUGGUUCACAUUUUUGUUUACUAAGUUGAUCCGGCUACCGCGCAGCCAGCUCCUCGGCGCUGUUACGUUUUUUAUCUUGCCCGGUUGUCCCCGUUUGAGCUCUCCACAGAUGGCACGAGUUCCUCGAGACUGCAAGCCUGCUCUCUAGGCUCUGCGAACGGUGUGUGCCCGCCAUCGGGCUGACCGGCUGCUUCAAUGGAGCCGGGCAUGAGCUUGCUUGGUGCCGCAGAUGAACUGAAGUUCGACAUCGAGCACGAUGAAGAAGACGAGGCUUCUGCAGAAGUUAGGAGAAAAGCAGAAGAGCUGCAACAAGCAGUUGCAAAUGGCUUUGAUGACCUGGAGGGACUGUCAGAUGACGAUGAUGAAGACCUUUCUGAUGACCAGUACUUCAAACCCCCUGGAGUUAUUGGUUAUGGUGCAACAACUUCUACUCCAAAUCAGGACGGGCAGAACUACGCGAGGAAGCCUUUUUCCACGCCACACUAUGGCGUGGCCGCCCACCAGAACGUGCCUGGAACUCACGUCCCCGAGUUCAACACGUAUUCCGACAACUACACCAAUGGCCUGGAUCUUGGGAGUCCUAUGCAGCAGGGCUACGGCAUGGGUGACGGCUUGAAUGGAGGAAGCAACGGCAUGCACCAAAAUCCUUCUGCACCCCUGAACGGUCAGCAGCCUACUCAUUCCCACGGGACUGCCUUGACAAAUCAGUCAGAUGACUACGUUCAGCUCGAAGUGAUGUACAAGGCACGAACGAGAGAAGUCGAACGACUCAAGUUUGAGCUGGAAAAUGUGCGAGAGUCGUCUAGAGCGGAGAUCACAUCAUUGCAGGACAAGGUGACUACCUUGCAAGCCAGUGCAAAGAUGUACAUGGAGAACUGGAACCAAGCAAACCAGGCCUUAGCAAACAAGACCACCGAGAAUGCCGAGCUGUCUGUCAAGCUUUCCACACUCCAGAACCAGCUGGAAAUUGAAACUAAGUGCAGAGAGGAGCACAUCGAGAAGAUGAAAGUGGCGGAGGCCACCAUCAAAAUGCUGCAAGAGCAGGUUUCAGAGUUGAGCAGCUCAGAUGCCCUCGUGCACCUUAAGAGAGACUAUGAUAACUUGUUGCAAACACGGAAGCAGAAACACCAGGACGAAGUGUACAACUUGAACGAGAAAAUUGACGAACUGAGCCGAAGCUUGGCCGCAAAAGGUGAUGAACUGCGGAUGUGCAAGGCUCGUUUUGAGGAGCGCGAGAGGCAGUUUGAAGCGAGGCUUUUGGAGAAAGCUGACACCAUCAACCAGCUCACGCAAUCGCUGAGCAGCAGCCAGAAGCAGUGCCAAGAGUUCUUGGAAAACCGGACACCCCACGAAUCGAGACAGCUCCUUGAGCAGUUCCAGGUCCUCCAAGAAGAAAGGGGCAAGGAGAGACAGAGAUUAAAACGACUAGAGGAGGGAGUCGACGACCUCUACCAGCUUCUUGUACCCAAGGCAAACAUGGCGCUCUGCAAUCCUGAACUGUCAAAGAGUGACGACAACCUAGCGGCUCGGUCGCUCAGUAAGCCAUCCUCUGAGGAUCCUAUGUGGAAGGUGCGCCUGUGCUGCCGUGAGGUUGGCCACCUUCGCUCUGAGGUCCUAAGGGCAAGGGACGGGCUCUCGCUCGCUGACAAAGAGCUUGACGCACUCAGGAGAAAGCUGGAAAUGGCAGAG